GACAAGUAAAAAUCAGAAGCUUUGCAUUUUUGUACAAGUCGAGUCAGGCAGUAGGGAGCGCCAAGGAGGCGUCACCCCCAUGAAACUACAACAAUGGAUCAAAAAGCAACAAGAUAGAGAAAAAAGGCUUUUGAAGAAGUGAAGUUCGAAGUGCAGUGGGGCUACAUUUGUAGGAAUCCCUGCUUUGAAGCAAGUAAAACCAUCAGCACGUUUGUUUUACGGCACUGAGGAUGGCCAGUCGUUACCCAGAGUCGGCUACGUCGUCAGUGGCAGAGAGCUCUGCAUCUUCUUCCACAGAAAAUUCUGAAUCUUCGUCCAAAGCCCCCAGACUGCCAGCGCUGGAGAUGAACGAAAAAAUCGGAAGUGGUGCGUUCGGUGACGUGUGGGCUGCCAAAUGGACAGGCGAGAGGGAUGCCGCAGUGUGGAAGGAGCCACACGUUGCCGUCAAGGUUCCACACAGGAGGCUCGGCAAGUGUCCAGAGUGGAGGAAGUCUUUCCGCGAGGAGGGCAAACUGGUGAAGGGUUUGAACCAUCCCAACAUCAUCCGUGUCCACCACAUGCUGACGUACCAUGGCCUGCCGUACAUUGUUAUGGAGUUAGCGGAGCUGGGCGAUUUGAGAGAGUACAUGUCCAAUAUGGAGGGGCAGGCGGACCUGGAGUUCGACGAGCGACCGUACGCGAUGUGCGAAGGCAUCGCCGGCGGAAUGCAGUACCUGGAAGAACGCGGCAUCGUGCAUCGCGACCUGGCUGCACGCAAUGUGCUGGUGACGUCCAGCCACACCUGCAAGAUAUGCGACUUCGGGCUGACACGCAGCUUGACCAAGCUGGCGCCGGAAACGCAAUGCAGCGAUGGCGCCAACUACGUCUUUGCGAGUAAGGUGUGGGACGAGGAGGGUAUGGUACCACUAUUGUGGAGUGCUCCGGAGGCGUUUGAGCAGAUCGCCUCGUCCAAAUCGGACGUGUGGAGUUUCGGCGUGCUCCUGUGGGAAGUGUUUUCCUACGGUGAGGAGCCGUACAAAUCGCUCGGAAUCCCCGGCCUGGAUUCGGGUCAGGCUGGCAGUAGAGUAACAGCCCUGCUCGGCUUUCUGGAGUCGGGCAAGCGCUUGAAACGCCCCAGCGAGUGUCGGCGAAACACGUUUGACAUGAUGAAGACGAUGUGGAAGAUGUCACCCGACGAGCGGCCGACGUUUGCGAGCAUCAAGUGGCAAAUGAAAAUGAUGUGUGACCUGUUCAUGCUUGGUGAUGGUCCAGACGUCCAUUACGGUUCCACCUGUCCGUUUCAUCAGGUACCGAUGCUCAUCUGCUACGAGAAGCAUGAAGACUAUUAUGGAUUCUUGUGAGGGAAAUAAGUAGCUCUGUGUUUUAAAACGCGUGUGUGUAUGUGUGUGGGUGUGUGUGUCUGUCUGUCUGUCGGCCCCUCGUAUGAGGGUACAUGUGACCGUUUUACGGCAAUGUUCAGGACAGGACAGGUGUGUGUGUGUGUGUGUGUGUGUGCGCGUGUGUGUGUGUGUGUGUGUAUGUAUGCGUGUGUGUGCGCGCGCGUGCGUGUGUGCGUGCGUGUACUGGCCAGAAAUCACAUACAAUUCUACUUUGUACACUGCUUUUGUAAAUUGUAAUAUACCUGACAUGUUCUUUAGUCAAAGAAUGUGCUUGUAAAAGUCGCUUGACAUACACACCAGUCUCACCUUCAUUAUCUCAUCACUUUUUGAAUGUACCUCACAUUCUAUCUACGCCAUUGCUUUGCUGUUUGUUAACCUUAAAAAAGUUUAGUUUCUCACGCCAAGAUUGGCCAGAUCCGAGUAUUUUAAAUAUUAUUUAGUGAGUCUUGAGACUCAAUCUGCGGAGUGAAUAUAGAGAUAUA